AUGUUGUGCCCUCCCGAGACCUUGGCACCAGCCAGCGAACGGGCUUGUCGGUGCCAACUUUGGCCGCCGUGCCGUCGUCCCGGAACGGGUUUGGCUUCCCUGAGCAGGGGACCCUCUGCGUCCUCAGGCAGCAGGAAGAAAUCCCUCCCAUCAAGCACCGCUUUACAACGGCGCCUCUUAAAUUCCUACGAGGAUAAAAAGCAACGACUUUGUCUGCCCCAUUUGCUUCGAGAUGAUCGAGGAGGCACACAUGACGAAGUGGUGGACACAGUUUUUGUUUCAAGUGCAUCCGACAGAAGUCUUGAGGACAGCAACAGGUGUCCAAAGUGUAACUAUAUCGUCGACAACGUGGAUCAGCUUUACCCAAACUUUCUUGUAAAUGAGCUGAUCCUUAAACAGAAACAAAGGUCGGAGGAGAAGAGACUACAAUUGGAUCACCCUAAUGGGUCAAGGUGGCAGGUGUUCCAGGACGUGUUGAGUCCUGACCAGGAGAACUUGGACCUGGCAAAUGUCAAUCUGAUGCUGGAGCUUCUGGUCCAGAAGAAGAAGCAGUUGGAGGCAGAAUCGCAGGCAGCUCAGAGACAGAUCCUCAUGGAGUUCCUUAAAGAGGCCCGGAGAAACAAAAGAGAGCAACUAGAGCAACUACAGAAAGAGCUCAACUUCCUUGAAGAUGACAUCAAGCGUGUUGAGGAAAUGAGUGGGUUGUACUGUCCAGUGAUGGAGGCAGAGUGCACGGUGCCUAAUGUUGAGGCUCCCUCACCAGCACCCAGCUGCAGCAGUAUUAUUGAGCCACCAGACUACAGCCAGCCUCCAGGAUUUGGUGGAACAACCCAGGGUAAAAGACAGACCUGGUACAACAGCACCCUGGCGUCAAGGAGGAAGAGGCUGACCGCUCAUUUUGAGGAUCUGGAGCAGUGCUACUUCUCCAACAAAAUGUCACGAAUCACAGAAACUGGACCACACUUCCAUGAAGGACGGCAUGAGGAAGCUUCAGCUCUUAGAAAUGAAGGCAGAAACCUGAACCAGCUGGAUGAUUUUAUGGAGUGUCUGUCUAAGUUUACCCGCUAUAACUCUGUGCGACCGCUCGCCACCCUCUCCUACGCCAGUGACCUCUAUAACGGCUCCAGUAUCGUCUCCAGUAUUGAGUUUGACCGAGACUGUGACUACUUUGCCAUCGCCGGUGUGACAAAGAAGAUCAAGGUGUUUGAGUACGGCACAGUGAUCCAGGAUGCAGUGGACAUCCACUACCCUGUCAAUGAGAUGACCUGCAAUUCCAAAAUCAGCUGUAUCAGCUGGAGCAGCUAUCACAAAAACCUUCUGGCCAGCAGCGACUAUGAGGGCACCGUCAUCCUGUGGGAUGGAUUCACCGGCCAGAGGUCCAAAGUCUACCAGGAACACGAAAAAAGGUGUUGGAGCGUUGACUUCAAUCUGAUGGACCCUAAACUGUUAGCCUCCGGUUCUGAUGAUGCUAAAGUGAAGUUAUGGUCAACCAAUCUUGACAACUCAGUGGCCAGCAUCGAGGCCAAGGCCAACGUCUGCUGCGUGAAAUUCAGCCCCACCUCCAGGUAUCACCUGGCCUUCGGCUGUGCGGACCACUGUGUCCACUACUAUGAUCUACGGAACACUAAGCAGCCAAUCAUGGUGUUCAAAGGCCACAGGAAGGCUGUGUCCUACGCCAAGUUUGUCAACGGCGAGGAAAUUGUUUCAGCUUCAACAGACAGCCAGCUGAAGCUGUGGAACGUCAACAAACCUCACUGCCUGCGAUCCUUCAAGGGUCACAUCAAUGAGAAGAACUUUGUAGGCCUGGCCUCCAAUGGAGACUAUGUUGCCUGUGGCAGUGAAAACAACUCCCUGUACCUGUACUACAAAGGACUUUCUAAGACACUGUUAACAUUCAAGUUUGACACAGUGAAGAGUGUCCUGGACAAGGACAAGAAGGAGGACGACACCAAUGAGUUUGUCAGUGCUGUCUGCUGGAGAGCUCUGCCAGAUGGAGAGUCAAAUGUACUGAUUGCAGCAAACAGUCAAGGAACAAUCAAGGUACUUGAGCUCGUCUGAAGGCCAACCACAUCAUCAGUGUGCGAUGGAACGACCAUCAGCCUCUUUGUUUGUCAGAGGAUCAGUCUGGCGCAGGGAGAGCCCAGGCUGCCUGCUGAACUUGGAUAUCCGACGACAGUUGGAGAGCCGAAAUAAACUGAACCUGUCUUAUUUUAAUGAGCUACAGCCGAAAGACUCUGGAUCAAGUGCAUCAGUAUAGCAGGAGAAGAUGUGCUGUCAUUUUACAGCAAAGACACGAGGACUGAGCUCGGGCACAAAUGGAACAAAAGACUAUAGAAAGUAUUUUAGUUUUUGGUUGUUGUUUUUUUUUUCUCAGUGAAGUUAUAUCGGCUACAAUAGGACGCCUCUUUAUGGUUUUAGGUCAAAUCAAAACUUGUACCUUUUUUUAAAAUCAAGCUGUCGCACUCAAGGCUACUACAGCCAGCCAAAUGCUACUAGUGUGAUGCAUUUUUUUUUUCCUUUUUAAGGCCAAAGCACAAACAAAAUGACAUGCAAAAAUAAUGUCUUCACAUGAAGCUUUUAACCCCUCCCCUUCAUUGUUUGUCAACCACCUGUUUUUUUCUCCCGUUUAUGUGUAGUUUUUUGUGUUUUUCAGAUUGGGAGAAACCAGUUUUAAUAAAUAUGACUUGAAUUUCAUUCUGUCAAGCGUAUUGUCAGUUCCUUUUCCAGCUUACGAGUGUAGAAUGUGAGAUAACGUAUGGAAGUCAAGGAAGACUCAUGAAUCAUGGAAAUAUUGAGAAAGUGAUAUUUCUGUUUCUGCUGGAACUAAAUAAGAUUUGACAUGUAUGUCUGUGAUCACAGCGAUUCUUGUGUAAUUUAAGGCACUGAUCUGCAAUGCCACAUCAAACUGGAUAAUUGUUUUCUACACGUACACGAGCUGUUUGUUGGUUGUUGAAAAAUGAGAACCUCACAAUCAGAUUUAGUUCUUUUACAGUAGCAAUGGAAUUACUCUUCACAUACUGUAGGUUGAAACAUCUGCAUUUUUAACUUCACGCCAACUGCUGUCAGUUUCUGUGGAGGGGUGAUCCAUGUUGACAACAGUGACAUCAUAAGGAUUUGGUAAAAACACCACCAAGACCUACCUAUUUUAUGAUAACUGAGUGAGAGAGGUGUUUUGUAUUUGUAUAACUGAAUAAAUUAUUUCGAAACAA